ACAUCAAACUAAAGAUUGGCGACAUGGUUUGAAAUUUUUCUGGCAACACUGAUCUCAACAGUUGCACACAGUGUGCGAGUGAUUGAAAAAAUAGAAAAGUACUUAAGAAUUUUUCCAUCGAAAAAACGUAAUUUUACACCAAAUAUGGAUUUUGCUGAUAAAGUUAUAAUUGUUACUGGUUCCAGUUCUGGAAUAGGUGCUGCGGCUGCUGUACAUUUUGCCGAAUUGGGUGGCUUGCUAACCUUAGUGGGACGCAAUGUCGAUAAACUACAAGAAGUAGCAAAUAAGAUUCAAGCCAUUAAGGGUCAGGCUCCCCUAACUGUCAAGGCCGAUAUGGCCAACGAGGAGGAUGUUAAACGUAUUGUCAGUGAAACCUUAGCUAAAUAUGGAAAAAUUGAUGUUCUUGUUAAUAAUGCUGGUGUCUUGGAGACCGGUACUAUUGAAAAUACCAGUUUGGAACAAUACGAUCGUGUUAUGAAUACUAAUAUAAGAGCUGUUUACCAACUUACCAUGUUGGCUGUGCCAGAAUUGAUAAAAACUAAAGGUUCCAUUGUUAAUGUGUCCAGUGUUAAUGGCAUUCGCUCAUUCCCUGGUGUUUUGGCAUAUAAUGUCUCCAAAGCAGCUGUUGAUCAAUUUACACGUUGUGUUGCCCUUGAAUUGGCUUUGAAGGGUGUACGUUGUAAUUCAGUUAAUCCGGGUGUUAUUGUUACCGAAAUUCACAAGAGAGGUGGCAUGAAUGAGGAGACAUAUGCUAAAUUCUUGGAGCAUUGUAAAACUACACAUGCCUUGGGUCGUCCCGGUCAAGUGGAUGAAGUGUCAGGUGUUAUUGCAUUUUUGGCUAGUGAUAAGGCCAGUUUCAUUACUGGUGCUAGUUUGCCAGUCGAUGGUGGACGUCAUGCUAUGUGUCCUAGAUAAGAAUUUAGUAAACUUUUGUUAUUGUUUAAAAGAAAUGCAUUUGUAAUUGUUGUUAUAUAAAUAAAUUGUUAAUUUGUGCA